AUGAAGAUUCUUCUCUUUUCUUUUAUUUUAUUCUUCUUUGGUGUCUUCAUGCUAUCAGUGGGCUCUGGCCAACCUGAUAAUGAUUCUUUGCCAGAAGCAGUACCAUGUAGAAGGAAGUUUGAGAAGGCAUACUCAUUAUUUGAAAAGGCACAAACUCAUGCAGAUUCAAGAAAAGUGGACCCUUUUGCCUUUAAUCGUUCAGAGAUAUGUGUACUGCUAAGUGGUCAAUGUAAAAGGCAGUGUGGUGAAAAAGAAUUUAGGAUGGUAUAUUGUGUAAUACCUACAGUUUUCUGUUGCAUAAGAGAAUGUGAACCUUAUGAGUACUAUUAACUGGAGAGCCUCAUUCAUGAAAAA